GAUCCGCCCUCCGUCGGCCUAUAUAAAAGCCGCCGCCAUUGAUAGUGGACCUCCUGGUCGCCGAGAGAGAGAGAGCAGGUCCGGGAUUCCAUGCGCACCUGGGGAACCGUCGUCGACGACGCUACGACGUAUUGAGAAACGGAGGAGCGCGUGUGCGUGUAUGUGUAAGAGAAAGAGAGAGAGAGAGAGCGAGAGAGAGAGCGAGAAAGGAACAAAGGGGAAAAAAAGGGAGAAAAGGGGAACGCUAGCCUGUCACGCGGAUGAGAGAUUAAAUUAAUUAAUCAGCGUUUUUCUUUACGCGCGCACCUCUGCUGAUCAGUUUGAGGCACAAUGGCAUUGCCACGGUGGAUGUUGCCGCUGCUGGUCUUGGUGACCGGCGCGAUCACGCUGGUCCCCGCGGCUCGGCAAUUCCACGACGAGCUCUUCAGGAGCAACCUGAACAACGUCGCGCGGAAGAAGAGAUCCCUGGACACGGCGGACGCGCCCGAGUACUACAACGAUCUGCACUCGUUUAAGUACCACGGCGGCGACACCGAUCGCAAGUUCGACCGCGACUUCGACGAGGAUGACGAGGAGAUCGAAUUUCUGCCUGGCGAUAAUGGCCAGCUGGAAACGGUGGGUGAGGGUCUCCAGGGCUUGAACAACAAGUUACUUGAAAGGGCGCUGCUCGAUUAUUUGGAGACUCUGCCUGAGCAGGAGGAACCGGUGGCCUCGAUCUUCCGCGAGCGCGAGCGCAGCGGCAGCCGCAAGCGAGGCGGCGCCGGUGACGCCCGGUUGAACCUGGACGACAAGGAUCUGACCAAGUUGUUCGUGGAGGAACUGCAGGACGGUUCUCCGUACGGUCCGCUCGUGGAGGUCGAUGACGACGACUACCUGACUGCUUUACAGUCGCUUUACGACAGAUAUAGAGCUGGUAGAGGGAACAAAGUAUAUGAAACGGCAGGACCAAUGUCAUGGGGCGAGCUGCUUGGCAAGGGCCCGCUGAGGAGCCAGACGAGGGACGGCAGCAGCGACGGCGAGUUCGUGGACCGCGACGAGGAACAGGGUGGCAUCCUGUACCUGCCGGUGGCGGAACGUAGGAACGUGAACGCCCGAUUUCCCAUCGGCCGCGAGUUCAGCAGCUAUCGCAGGCUGACCAAGCGCUACCCGGUUGCUAAGAGAAGUCCCAAACCUACCCAAGCCAAACUGAAAACCACGGAUCCCAAGGUUGCCCAAGACCUGGGAGCCCUGUUCGGCCCUCCGGACUCGCACAAUCACACACACAAGUCCGACCACGAUCACGUUCACAACAAGCAGGAACCCGAGAACAAGAGUCACGAUCACAAGCAUGAACCUAGUCAAACUCACGAUCACGAGCACGAGCACGGCGGGCAUGAGGGCAAGUCGGAAGCGCCGCCGAAGGUGACGCCGUCCUCCCCGAAGGGCCAAAAGGAAAACGCUACGAAAACGGCCGCGUCUUCGAAAUUCAUCCAGGUGAGGAAGAAGAACGUCGACUGGUCGCAAUACUUCGGCAUCGACCGGAGGAGGAAGAAGGCCACCUUCACGGCCGGCCAGGGCACGCAGAAUCAGGACGACGAGUGGAUGCUGCAGCGCUACUACGAGAAUAUGGCCGAAAAUCUGAAGCCAAAGGAGGAAGAGAAUGAACGGAAGGAUAAACUCGAGCAGAUGGACUCGAAAUUGAAAUACAUUAAGGACUUGAUUGUCGAAGAGGCUAUGCGGUAUGCCGCCUCAGAGGAUGAGGCGGAUCUGCAGAAGGUGAAGGAUAAGUUAAUGUCGCGAAUGGCAGCGGCUUAUUCGUUGCAGAAGAUGCGAAAAGCGCUGAGCGAUCUUCGAAAUAACGUUGCGGCUCAGAAGGAGGCACAGAGAACACAAAAGGAGGCCCAGAACAAUUUUACGUCCAAUUUUCGCGAGAACAGUAAUUCGAACACUGGCAGUGGCAGUAAAGCCGACGAGAAACGGAACGGUAUCCACAACAAUGUAGAGGAAGGCGAAUCCGUGGAGGAGCCUAGAAAUUGCCCGGAAUUAGAAGCCAUAGAAUGGCGAUGCCGAACCGUAGAUAAUCUGGCCGGCGACACGUCUCGGAUGCUCUACGUGCCCUGCGUGAAACUGCAGAUCUGCAAAGCUUGUGCACAGGACGAGGACGGGCUGCUACCCUGCCUCGCCAACUACGCCCUGGAGGCCGAGAAGAUAUGCGACACGCUGGAGUCCAGGGAGCGGUCCGGGCAGGCGGCCCGGACCAUGGCGAUGGCCGCGGUCCACGAGGACGAGAGGCAGUCGUGCGCGAGCGCCGCGCUGCUGCUGUCGCAGCUGCACCCGCCUACGGCGGCGAGCGCGCAGUGCCGCGCGAGGAACGCCCGCGGCGAGUCCACCUCCUGCCUACGGCGGUACCACGCGCGAUACGAGCACCGCUACUUCCGCACGUCGCCGGCGUACGAGGGCACCGCCGGGCGUCGCCUCCACCACGAGGGCGCCCUCGACGCGCUGCAGCAGACCAUGUCCGAGCAAUAAAGGAUCAAGCGAGCGAGCGAAAGAAACAACCAUCCCGACCCCCUCCCCCCACACCUCAACAACCCUCACUCCCCCAGUUCGGCCGCGCGACCGUGGUGGACCGCUAGGUUAUCCGGACACCUUCCUUCCUCUCUCUCCCCUGUCCCUUCCGUUUCAGCACGGGGAUACGCACCGAGGGAUGCGCUAAAAAUGUCCAGAGAAUGUCACUGAGAUACCCCUUGGAUAAAGUGUGCUGUGUCCAUCUGGAUGUGAGCGUGGACACAGCACACUUUAUCCAAGGGGUAUCUUGGUUUUUAAUUAACGGCUAAACCUAGUUGCACCUUGUUUAUUUCGCGCAACACCCUCUGGUCAAAGUUACCGGGCUGGGGGAUUUUUCUCCCAAAUUUUUUUUUUUUUCCCUUUGCUACCGCGGAGGAUCUUUCGAGAGGACAAAUGGUUUCAGAGAAGUCCUUAAAAGAAGAAAGUAUAAAGUAUCUAGAAUUUUUUUAUUUGUUCUUCUCCGUAGUAAUAAUGAAGGGGAAGAGGGAAUAAAAAUACUCUAGAUACUCUAGAUGAUCCAAAUUGGAUGGAAAAUCUCCCCGGCAACUUCGUCCGUGGCCUACCGGUUCCCCCUUUAUCGAAAAGUUUCGUCCGGGUAGUCGGCGGUUUACCGGUACCUAAGAAUCUUCCGUCGUAAUGUGGAGCACGAAUCAAGAUUAAUCCUCACCACGGUACCAUACGUUUCCUUAAAGCUUUCGGGGAUUCCCCCAGCAGAAAGGAGACCCUGCGCCGUGUGGUACCGGUUGAGGAUUAAACACGGGCUGGCGACACGAAAAGUCCUGUUCCCGAGUCGAAGUAGAGCGGAUCAACGGAAACCGCGUUGAUACUCCGCAGAACACCACCGGUACCAGCUAGCGAAGAAGAAGAAGAAAAGAAUCCGCGAUUUCGCAAAGACUCGCGGAGCUCGUCCGUUCGUCCGUUUCCCUUCGGUUCUCGAGAUCGGGGUCUCGGAAAAACAGGUACACACGUUAAUUGGUACUCGAGUGAGGCAGCACCUCUUGCACAGACGGCGCUCCUUCAAAGAUUUCAAAAUCGUGAAUUAAAGAAAAGUAAAGGAAAAAGAAUAUAAAUGUUCCAAUUAAUGAAAAAACGACGCGUCCCAUCUGUUAAAAGAAAAUGAGUUUGCGGACCCUGGAUUCUGAAAGGAGGAUAUUAGGUAACGUCUCUAAUAACUGUAAGAGGAAAGAUGUUCUUGAUCUAUCUUGUACAAUUUUUGCGAGGUGUUGCUAUUCGUCCGGACGGCUUUCUGAGGCACAACGUCCUCCCUCCUUCUCUUCUUCUGCACCAAACUGAACAACGAUCUAACGAGUUACAAAGACAAUAAAUGAUUACAUCACCGAGAUUAAAUCCGCACGCACGACGAACAAUUCGCAAUCACCACGGGCGGGCACGAGCACGCGGAAUCCCGUCGGACGAGAGUUUGAAACGGUCGCCUCGCAAAUGAGAAGAGUCAGACAAGGCGGAAGUGAAAUAAGUGUGCGUAAAUUACUGUGUUAAGUAUCCUAAAAAAGAGACGAGGAGAAAAAAAAAGGGAAAAAGAAUUGUUGUGAGCGCACGCGCCUCCCCCUCCCCCUUAGCGCAUUAAUUCUUCGCGUUCUCGAUUCGCGAAAAUCGAGAUUAUACAUUAUAGCGCGAUUAUUCGUGUUUAAUUUCUCGCACGCAGAGUAGUUACACGCGGAAUCGCCGGUUCGAUCGCGCCGGUUUUCUCGUCGUCGUCGGUCGACGAGAACAGACAGUGAAGAAGAGAAGACAAAGAUGGAGAGAGGGAGAGAGAGAGAGAGAGAGAGAGAGAGAGAGAGAGAGAGAGAGAAUUAAAAAAAGGAGAAAAAACAGGAGAGGGAGGACAAAGGAAGGAUACUCGACGCAGCUUCCAAAGAGUCUAUCUUCGCAAAAAUCUAUAUCUAUUAUUACUGUCUAUUACAUAUAUAUAAAUAUAUAAUAUAUCAAAUGUUUUACGUUACACGGCGUUAAUGCGGACACGCGUGUCAGUCGACGCGUCGGUCCUAUAUUCGAAAUGUAAUAAAUAUAUUUCAACAUAA